AUGAAUCCACAAAUCAUUCUUGGUGUGACUACAAUCUUUGUAUCCCCUAUAAUCAAUUUCUUAAUCACCAAGGCGUUAACUUAUGGUGCCGACCAGCUUCGUCUUGUUUGGGGUGUCAAAGGUGAGCUGAAAAAGCUUGCUCAUACGUUAGAGCUAAUUGAAGCUGUACUGGAUGAUGCUGAAAACCGGCAAGUAGAAACUAAUUUGCUAGUGAAACGUUGGUUGGAAAAACUCAAGGAUGUGGCUUAUGAUGCAGGGGAUGUUUUGGACGAGCUUCAACAUAAAAUUCUUCAGCGUACAAUGAAAAAAAAAUCUUUUGGGUUUGGCUUUAAGAUAGCUAAUAAAAUCAAAGAUGUCAAUAAAAAGUUGGAUGGGAUCACUAAAGAUAUGAAGAGAUUCAACUUUAUUAAUCAGCUGGGUGCUUCCGGUGCUAAUACUGUUUGGAUCGGAAAUAUACCAGAAACAAGUUCGAAUAUCAAUGAUCCCGCAGCUGUUGUGGGAAGGAUAGAUGAUAAAAUAAAAAUAUUGUAUUUAUUAACCCAAGAAAGUUAUUCUGUUGUUCGCAUUACUGGUAUGGGAGGGAUUGGCAAGACUACACUUGCUCAAUCGGUAUACGCUAAUGCUGAUGAUCAUUUUACAAUCAAAAUAUGGGUUUCUGUGUCCCGAAAAUCAAACAUCGAGGGGAUUUUUCGUGACCUCUUGGGAACCAGUUUUGACCACCAUUCGAGCUUGAAUGACAUUUUAGAUCGCCUGAAAGAGAGACUCAAGGUGGGUAAAUGCUUGAUUGUACUAGAUGAUGUAUGGAUGGAUCAUGGCAUCGAUGUGGGGGAGUUAUUGAAAGAUCUUUUGUCUUUGACUUGCCAGGGAAGUAAAAUUCUUAUGACUAUGCGAAAUACUAAAGAUAUUCCUCCAAUGACGGAUUGUCGAUACAUCAUCUACCAGUUACAAGUCUUAUCUAAAAAUGACUGUUGGUCUAUAAUUAAGAAAAUCGCAUUUGGACUCGAUGGUGCAAAGGAGACCACAGAUUUAAUCGACAUAGGGAAGAAAAUCGCAGGCAAGUGUGGAGGUCUUCCUCUAGCUGCAAAGACUCUUGGGUGUUUACUCUACUCUAAAAAAGAUAGUGGGGAAUGGUUAUCUAUCUUGAACAACCCAAUUUGGAAUCUCUCGACAGAAGAAAAUAGGGAAAAUAAGACCAUCUCUUUAUUGAAGUUCAGUUAUGAUUGUAACUACAUGAAAUCCUACAGCACACCCAAAUCUCUUGUUUCCAUUCCAAAUCCUACAUCUUAA